AUGACCGCGCCGGCCUCGACGAUGCACACUCCACAGAGUCCACACGCGACCUAUGAGGGAGCGUCGAUAGCGUCCGAGCCACACCUCUCGGUCAGCUAUUGCCGCGACCUUGUCAACCGCCUGAGCUCGCCGCGGCGACGCGACAACCGCCCCAAGCGCGUCUUUGCGCCCAUACCAAAGACUGCACAGGCACGACUCGAUGCCUCGUUGAACGACGCGCCGCUCGAUGCCGCUGCGACCACGCCGUCGACCAUCUCGGCUGCCGAGGAGAAGGGAAAGACAGUCCUAUAUCUCGCAUACGGCUCGAACCUAUGCAAUGAGACGUUCAGAGGCGUGCGAGGCAUCGAGCCUCUGUCCCAAGUCAAUGUCCUCGUACCCUCUCUGCGCCUGACCUUCGACCUCGCUGGCAUUCCCUAUGCAGAGCCGUGUUUCGCCAACAGCGCGCGGCGGAUCCCCAACGCGCCAGUCCCCGACCCAGACGAACCCAGGUACCACAAGGACCGCUGGCAGAAGGGCCUUGUAGGCGUCGUCUACGAGGUGACCAGGAGCGACUACGCGCACAUCAUCGCCACAGAAGGCGGGGGCGCCUCCUACCACGACAUCCUCAUCGACUGCUACGUCCUCCCCUUCGCCGACACGGUGCCCGCGAACCCAACCACCGCCCCCUUCAAAGCGCACACGCUCUUUGCCCCAACGGUCCAGCCAGACGAAGCGCGUACUGCAGAUCGCAUAGCACGCCCGGACCCCAGCUACGCCCAGCCCUCUGCCCGCUAUCUCAAGCUCAUCACCGAUGGUGCUACAGAGUGCGAACUACCUGCCGAGUACCAGGAGUACCUGCACAACAUCCGACCAUACACCAUCACAUCGAGGAAGCAGGCAGCCGGCAAGGUGCUAUUCACCGCGAUAUGGAUGCCGUUCAUCCUGAUGAUCUUUGCCAUAUCACGGAGACUACAAGACGACAAAGGCAGGGCUCCAAAGUGGUUUGCGAAACUCGCUGCCAUGGUCUUUGCGGGAAUGUGGCUGAGCUACGAUGGCGUGUUCAAAAAGACGUUUGGAGAUGGCGAGAGGACUAUAGGCGACGAGGCGGAUGGAAGGCUGUUCGAGCCGUACAAUGACGAUGCGGAGAAGGAGAGCCUACUGGAGGACGCCGUGGAGGUGAUGAACAACGCGGCUGGGCAAGACAAGGUGAAAUCGAACAGUGGCGAGAGCCUUUUUUCAUUGUAA